AUGAAUCGUGAGGGGAGAAACGGCGCUGGAUUCGGGUCCACUGGCUCAACUUCCGCAACAUCUUCCAUCAAGCGAAUUCAGCGUGAGCUGAAGGAGAUCAGUGAGUCGCCGUCGCGGCACUGGAUCGCUGGGCCAGCGAAAGAUGACCUGUUCGAGUGGCUGUUUGCUGUUCGCGGGCCCCCCUCAACCGACUUCGAAGGAGGCAUCUACACCGGCAAGAUCGUGUUGCCAGUGAACUACCCUCUCGCACCUCCAUCCAUUACCAUGCUUACACCAAGUGGCCGAUGGGAGGUAGGGAAGAAGAUCUGCCUGAGCAACACCAAUUACCACGCAGAGCUCUGGCAGCCCGCUUGGGGGAUCCGGACCAUCAUGGAGGCCCUGCGCAGCCACUUCCCGGUGGCUGGAGACGGGGCGGUCGGCGCCCUUGACUGGCCAAGCCACCUUCGCAAGCGGCUGGCGCAGGAAUCUUUGGACUUUAUCACCUUGCCUGGGUCAGCUGGCCAGUGGGCACAGAAGAAUCGGGAGCUACUACCGGAGCUCUCGCCAGAGGAGCUGAAGGAGCGGGUGAUUUGCAUGAAUCUACUGCUGUAUGGCUCAAGCUAUCAAAGUCAAAAAUGCUUGCGAGAAAGCAGACGUUGUUUGAGUGUGAUCCCGGAGCCGUACAUGCGAAAUUUGUGCUUAUGCAUGCUUGCGCAGCUCGUGGUAGGAUCCAAUCAAACUUUCCCACAGUCGGACUCGCAGGUGCGGAGCGGACGCGUGGACUGCGCAAGAGAAUGCCGCAAAGAGAACGAGGAGCAGCCAUGUCUUUGGGAUGACAGGUGUCCCGGGCUAGGCUGCAGUGCUCUUGGAUUCGCGAAUUGCCGAUACUGUGGGUUCGGAGAAUAUGCGCCUUGCCCUCUUCAUCAUGGUGCCAGCCGGCCACGACCACCACCUAUUUCUUCCUGCAGUCCGCUGGGUACUUAUACCUGUAGCAGAACGUGCUUCAACGUGGACGCAGGAGCGGAAACCAAUGUCAUCACAAUGCAACAUGGAACACCCUACUUUGAGAAUCGUGUCACAGCUGGAAACGGCUUCGAGGAAACGCAACAAUGCUCCCAAGUCCAGGGCAUUGGCGGCACGAACAUGUAUUCCUGUGUAACCAAUUGGCGGCGCGAGCACACCCUGAAGAUGCUUGGCCGCAACGGAGUCGUUCGUUGGGAGAACCUCCUGACCGAAGUCGAACGCGAGACCGCGGAUCAGACGGAGACCACGACAGAGACCACUGCGACGCAGGCGCCGCCCAGCGGCGCAAUGCCUCCGGCGGCUCCAGCAGCUCCAGCGGCCCCAGGUGCUCUGCCAUCUCCGCCUCCAGCGCCUGCAGGAGCACCGAAGGCAGCACCUCGCAGACGUCGUGAAGGAGAAAGACCACGACGGAGCCAGCAGAGCCUCGUCGUCCAGCUGCUGAAGCCUCCUACGACAGGGCGUGGCUGGCUUCUAAUGUCCCUGAAUUUUCUCAUCGUCCUCAUGCUUGUUUCCUUCUGCAUCGUCUUGGCCGAUGUGAUCAGGCAACCUCCGAGUCUCCUCAAUCCAGCACCGGACCAGAAGGUCCAAAACCAGAAGCCCUGA